CUGUGCGAAAGGCCUGGGCUGGGUGGUGGCUCGGCCCUCCCACCGGGUCGGUGUAGGCUCGUGGUUGGCCGGGUUCUCGGCAGCUUGGAGUGUGCUCUGCUCUGGGAGGCUGAGGUUGCGGGACUCCCCCGGAGACGCUGGAGUCGUUCCGUUCAUAUCUGUCUUCCCUGUGGGAUUUUAUAAAUUUGGUUCAAGCCUUUUAAAGAGGGCCCUGAUCUGUCAAGGCAUGCUUGUGUGGUAAAAUUCAGCUGGCUACCAUAAAGGGAAGGAAGAUGCAACUCCUGGUGGUCUGUUUCGUCAUUGGGAUCCUGCUUUCUCCGGGGCCCAUGGGGACCGUAUCAACUGUGGACCCCGAAGUAAACAUGAACGUGACUGAGAUAAUCAUGCACUGGGGAUACGCUUCCGAGGAACACUCAGUCCAGACAGGAGACGGCUACAUUCUGGGUAUUCACCGAAUCCCUCAUGGGCGGAAGAACCAUUUUGACAAAGGUCCAAAACCAGUUGUGUAUCUUCAGCAUGGCUUUUUGGCAGAUUCUAGUAACUGGGUCAUGAACACUGACAACAGCAGCCUGGGCUUCCUCUUGGCGGACGCUGGUUUUGAUGUGUGGAUGGGAAACAGCAGAGGAAACACCUGGUCUCGCAAGCACAAGUCUCUUUCGGUUUCUCAGGAUGAAUACUGGGCCUUCAGUUUUGAUGAGAUGGCAAAAUAUGACCUACCUGCUUCAAUUAACUACAUUUUGAAUAAAACUGGCCAAGAACAACUCUAUUAUGUGGGUCAUUCUCAAGGCUGUACCAUAGGUUUCAUAGCCUUUUCACAGAUGCCUGAGCUGGCAAAGAAGAUUAAAAUGUUUUUUGCCUUGGCUCCUGUGCUUUCUCUCAAUUUUGCUUCGGGUCCGCUACUUAAAUUGAUACGCUUGCCGGACCCUCUAAUUAAGGACUUGUUAGGAGAGAAGCAAUUUCUUCCUCAGAGUGCCAUGCUGAAAUGGCUGAGUAUUCAUGUGUGCACUCACGUCGUCAUGAAGGAGCUUUGUGCAAAUAUCUUUUUUCUGAUAUGUGGCUUCAAUGAGAGGAAUUUGAAUAUGUCUAGAGUGGAUGUGUAUACAACACACUGUCCAGCGGGAACUUCUGUGCAAAACAUGUUACACUGGAGUCAGGUUCUUAAAUACCAUAAGCUUCAAGCUUUUGACUGGGGAAGCAGUGAAAAGAAUUAUUUUCAUUACAACCAGAGUUCUCCUCCCUCGUACAACAUAAAAGACAUGCGUCUACCCACUGCCUUGUGGAGCGGGGGCCAGGACUGGCUGGCGGAUGCCAGUGACAUCAGUAUCUUACUGACUCAAAUCCCCAAGUUGGUGUACCACAAGAGCUUUCCUGAAUGGGAUCAUCUGGAUUUUAUCUGGGGUUUGGAUGCCCCCUGGAAGCUGUAUGAUGAAAUAAUCAGUCUGAUGAAGAAAUACCAAUGAACGCCAGACUUGAGUAGGGGGAAAAGAGGGGGGGUGUUUGCUUAGGGUGUUUGCUUAAUUUCUGUAAAAUACUUGUGUUUUCCUUGUCUAGAUCAUUCAUAUUUUUUAUGUGCAAGAAAAUGAUGACGUCAAAGAUGUACAUUGCUCUCUGGUUAAUAAGAAGCACUCUAGCCGUCUUCUGCUUCAUUGUGACUGACAAGCUAUUGUCACAACCAGGGAUGCCUUUUAAGUAUUUAGAAAGUAUGGGUGUUACGUGAAAAAGUCUCUGGUGAAAAAGUCUCUGUAAUCCUUUUGUUUACCUUUUACGGUUGUUUUCGGUGCAUUUGUGCGGUGCAUAUACAUGCAUAUGUGUGUGCUGGCCAGACCUCCCUUGUGUGGAGGGAAGGGCUCGCAUCUUUCCUCAGUCACUUCCCAUCUUACUUUUUGAGACAGGGUCUCCUGCUGAACUGGGAGCCUGCUGUCUCAGUUAGACUGGCUGGUGGCCAGUGAGCCUCCAGGAUCUGCCUGCCUCGACCUUCUCCCUCGACAAUGCUGUGGGAUGGGACGUCCCUGCCAGCAUUUUUACACUGAUUCUAGGGCCAGGAACUCAGGUUCUCAUGCUUGUGUAACAAGCCCUUUAUUCACUGAAUCGUUGCCUCAAACCCUCUGUAAUUGAAAAGCUACUCAGUGGCUCUUAUAGUCCCACCUAACACAAGCCAGCACGUACAGGACAUUUCAAACUUUUGUUUGCUAGCAAAAAUAAAUAAAUCUGCCAGUGACUUCAAUGCACUAUGCAAAGCUCCUUGCGCUGAGCUUGACACGGCAGCUCAAACCUGUAGUCCUGGCUCUCUCUCCUCAAACCUGCAGUCCUGGCUCUCCGGAGAUGGAGAUGGGAAGACUGCUGUUAGAUUUAGGGCUCAUCGAGAGAGUGAGACUUUGUCUCUAGAAAACCAAAGACAAAGGAGAAAAAAACCCCAAAGUACUCAGUUCUCAUGCCUUUGCCUUAGAGGGCUGUCUAGUCCAGAAUUCCUGUGUUUACCUAUCCAAACAACAUUUUCAUGUUUUUUUAUUUUUAUGCAUUAGCUACCUAGUGAAAUCCAGUGUUAUCCCAGCUCCUCCAGGAGUAAAUAUUCUCUCUUUAGUUUCAUCAGACCUCAAUAACAAAAAUUUUCAGGCCAAGCCAAAAAAAAAGAAAAAAAAAGAAAAAAGAAAAGAAAGAAGAAAAAAAAGAGGGGGGGGGAAGAAGCUAGGCUCUUGAAAAGCAGUUUGCACUGAUUAAUAAAAAAAAAGAAAAAAGGAAAAAACUUGAAGAUUAAUACAAUGAGCUAUGUUGGUUCCUCAUGUGUGGUCUGGUCACUUUUCUGUGGAGAAAUGUUCUGUGGAAGGACAAACCACUAAUUUAACAGAAGUGAAUAUGGCUGCCGUUAUGGUGCCUGCACGAGGCCAAAGCUGGUUGCCUGUGGUCAACGUUUCGAUCCCUUUUCACACAAAUGUUUUCAGCUCAGGAAUUUCGCUUUGAGAAUCAGUGUUGUGUGCACACUAUUUUACUGAGCCUGCAUUGGGCCUGUGUACGGGCGGCCCAUAUCUGUUCACUUGGAUGUCAUCAGCUGAACAAUUGAUAAGUUUUCUGAUAGUCUGCAUUAGUUACCACAGAUGCAGGAAUAUUAUGUGAUGGUGGCUCAUACAUACAGACAGAAUGAUACAACUUUGUAACAAUUUAAGGGUUCAUAUUUAAACUUUCCAAUAAACCUCAGCCUCACAGGCCUGAA